UGGGCUGGUGGGCUUGGGUGCAUGUGAGUGUUGCUAAAACCAUAGUGGCUGUGACUGAGGAACAGGGAGCAGGAGAUGCAGCUGGAGGACAGGGAAGAGGAGGAGCCAGGUUUCAGGGACAGACGAAGGGAGGAUCAUGCUGUGAAGCUAUCUGGAAAAAGAAAAAGUUGGAGUUGCCAACUUAGCUGAAUUCAAUUUUUAAACAGACUUAUUACUUUAGGUUGUCUUAGAAGGAAAUGCUUUAGAUAAAAUGGCCAAGUCUCUAUAAAAAUGAGACAAACCUCUUAAAAAGUAUUCUGUCUAGAGAAGUAUCUCAGGAACCUCGAUACGUGGCAAGGUGGCACCAUUUUUGUGGCAGAUCACCUGGGGAGAUGUAAAAAUCCUUCCAUACACCUAUAAUUCAUGCAUCAAACAUCCAGUUCAAAGCAUGCUUCAGAAAACUUGCCCAUCCUAGCAACUCCCUGGUAUGUCAGCAAGACCUUUCUCAUGGAAAGGGCUCGUAGAAAUAAUUUUUCAUAAGCUGCCUGCAAACACCCCCGAGGGACCCAAGCCUCCUGGUGCUGUGCACUGGUGCCUUGCUGAACUACCUGCUCUCCAAGAUAUGGUGAGUGCUGUAGGGGAGUUUCUUCACACCUUAUUGCCUAAGGCUUCUGCCUUGUCUCACAUUGCUGAGGACAAAAUCGUGGUGCUCAGAGUGUAGAAGGAGAGCCCCAGCCUACAGGAGGCUGGAGUCAGGGUGCACUGCAGAACAAGCCCAAUCUUCCCUUGCCUAUGGAGGUUUCCAAUCCUGCAGCUAAAUCCCUGCAGAGAACUGCCUGCUGCAGAGGGGAAAAGUGCUUAUGCCUCACCUGUGCUGCCAGAUGCAGGGCUCCACAUGGCUACCACCGAGUGCUGCCAGGUAGGAUGCCCCUCGCCGUGGCCCAAGGAACGUGAGGCAUCUGUCUUUAGGAAAAUAUUUCAAGAGCCACAUCAAGCAUUUACAAUGCUGGCUGUGUGUUGCUCUGUUGGCUGCCUGACUGUGAGCAUGCGGGUGUGUGAUCCCUACCGUAGGAUUACCCUCAGGCAGUCAGCUGCUGGGGGUGGCUUUGCUUUUAUUUAUGUUUGUUAAAAGGAAAAAAGUGUUAAAAGGCUGUUAAAGUCCCAGCUGGAAACACUGGAAAGAAAGACAAAGGAUAUCCAACCAAAUGCAUAAGGAAAGGGAUAAGGCAACCUGGAGUGUGUAGCCCUUGCAAGUAAUUAGUCAAACAAUUCCCUGGUGUAAAUGCAUUCACGUGUGCUUGAGAGAGGUUUGGCUGCUGAGUUAAACUGUGCUUGGCGGUGCUGCUGUUUCGUUACGAGAGUUAGAAAGUACCAAUGGCUUGCGUUCUUCCAGGCAGCAGAGCCAGAGUGGGUUUCCAUUGGGCCUCGCUGAGUAACUUCUGUUCCUGUCAGAAAGGUACAAUUUCAAGUUCAAAUCAAAUGUGUGUGUGCAGGCAGAGAAAAAGAUGAGCUUACCUUCUGCUUUCAGAAGUAACUUGCGUUGAGUGCCUCUUUAUUUUGUCCUUUCCUAUUUGUAAUAUGGUGUUCGUUAGUUUGCAUUUAGCCGAAUGUUUUUAUUUUUUUUUUUUUUAAAUGGUUGUUUCAGGAUGUGAACUAUACUGGAGAAGGAACUGCAACUCCUUCCCACUUCUGAUGGAAAUUAAUUAAUGGAGCAGAAUGCUGAGGAGAUGAUGUGCAUGACAAGGUGCUGUGUUGUGGCUGACAGAGUACAAAGUGUUACUGGAAGCCUGGCAGGACAGCAAGAGGCAGGUUUUACUCUCGAGUAUGUUUUGAGAGGAGAUUUAAAACCCACCUGCUGGGGAUGGGCUGAAGGCAUCCCGCUGGGAAGCAGCUUAUUCCACUGACUUGCAGGGAGGCCCCAUCAACUCCGAUGACAGGGUUACAGCGCUGCUCCAUUUUUGGGGCACAAACCACGGUGUUCAGGGUAUCCGCACUGGCAUCGCCUCACUACAGGUGGUUUCUGUGGAAGCCCUGGCCUUUGAGAAGUUUCUUUUUCUACAGAAAGGGGUGGAUUUCUCUCUCUCUCUUCUCACUCUUUCCCUUCCCUUCAGUGGCAUUCAGUCUGAUAGCCAGCAAGAGGAAUAAUAAUUAAUAGGCUAUGCAUGUAUUUCCUAUAAUUGCAUUGUAAAAUGAGUGACCUGAUGACAUAAACUAAUUGCUGUGGUGCCGUUUCAGCAGCGUUAGCUGUUUCUCCUCAUGUGAAACUGGCAUUUUAACUCUCCAAGGCCCCACAGCUGUUGAGUGGAUAUUUUAUGUAAAAUAUGCAGCAUUUGAAACAUUCCCAGCCCCAGGUAAAGGUCCCCCCCAGCCCCUGGGCAGUGCCCUGGUGUACAAUGUGACUUCAGCCCUGUACUGUGCAGGAAAGAAAUCUGCUCUGAUGAUCCACAUGGCAGAGAGUUUGUGUAAUCUAUACCAUGAGGUCACAUUUCAGUAUCGGGAGCAACCGAGAUUAAAGUCAUGAUUUAAACCACUGGAGUAAAUAUAGUUUUUACAUUAGCGCAUUGCAGACCUAACUUGGGGGAUUAUGUCACAGGAUAUUUUUUCUGAAUUGUCUCAAAUAAAAUCUUAAGGCUUCCCAGUUAUUACCAUGGUGAUGUUGUUCCAACUCAGCGUUGCAACUUCCCAGAGCAUUUUGUAAUCAGAACAGGGAGGGAAUGAAAAGUUCGCUCUACGUGAAGCAAAACCAGUUUGCCCUCAUACUGAACUUUCUGUAUGAAACCAGAUGGGCAGUUUGGACUGGGGAUGCGCGUGUUGAAUUUCAGAUACCAAGUCAACCGGCCUUUCUUUUUGCAGGGCCUUGGAUCUUCUUAUGUUAGGCUGUUGCUAGAGCAGAUUAAAUGUACCUUGCUUCAUAUGAAUGUGAGAUGCUUUUCUCCACUGCCAGAACAAGGCUCCUAUGUCAACCCACAGCUUGUGUCUGCAGGACAGACAAGCUCAGCCCCAGGAGUCCAAACUGUUCUGCAGACUCGUCCUCGUGGAGGGCUGUGCUGAGGAGACACAGUUGGUCCUGCAGCAGGGCGAGGGCCAAAGUUGUCGGGAAUAAAAACUGUCGUAAAAUGGGGCUCGGGGGGAGGGAAUUGUCGUACUGGAGGUAAGAGCUUUACAGGCUAAAGUCAACAGUAAAAAACACAGCCUUCUCCAAGGUGGAAUGAUUCAAUUUGACCAAACAGAAAAUUGUUCCCUUAUUAAGCUAAUUUUAUCUCCCCCAAAAAAGUCUUCAAACUGUACCUGGCCCUAAAGCUGCCUUGGGGACCCAAGGAGCUAAGAGAUUGCAGCCAGGUGCUUCCUAAAGCUGAGACUCUUCAUGUUUCUUUUAUGCCGCAAGAGGCAAAGCAGCCAGACUUCUGGAAAUGCACUACCAAGUGCCUCUGGUCCCCUAUCUCCCAAAGCUGUACUGAUUUUAUCCCAUUUGAGACAGGGCUGUAAUUAGAACGGUUUGUUUCCAGUGCAGAUCCUGAAACAUCGCCACUGCUAAGGCAGUGUGAAAGGAGGAGCAACCAGUCCUGACUCUUACCCAGAGACAAAGUUGAGACUUUCUCAUGCUACCAGGCGGUGAUGCCCCACUUCGUCUGCCUGGCCGAGGAGUUCCCCCCGCCCGCCCGCCCCGCCAAGGCCCCCCGGGGCAAGCCGCGGCGGCCCCGGCAGUCGCGCUUCAAGACUCAGCCGGUGACUUUCGACGAGAUCCAGGAGGUGGAGGAGGAGGGGGUGUCCCCCAUGGAGGAGGAGAAGGCCAAGAAGUCCUUCCUGCAGUCGCUGGAGUGCCUGCGGCGGAGCACCCAGAACCUCAGCCUGCAGCGGGACCGCCUGGGCAGCUGCCGCCUCCGCAACAGCCUCGACUCCAGCGACUCGGACUCGGCCCUCUGAGGGCGGCUGGACUCGCCUAGGCGGGACCCGGCCCGGCUCGGUGGGACUCGGUGGGGCUCGGUCCGGCUAGGCGGGACCCGGCUGAACCCGGCCAGGGCUGCGAGGAGCCGCCGGCUGAGGAGCGCCCUGAGCGGGCAGCCGGGUUGGGAUGUUUUCUAAGAAAGCGCUUGUACCUUCGUUUCUAUUUGAUUGUAUGAAACUCUCCGUUUAAAAGACAAAAAAAAAAAUCUUUUCUAUUUGUUAGAAGAAAUGAGCUGUUAUAGAUGCAUUGAGCUGCUGGACUUUAUAUUUAUUUUUGCAUUUAAACUGUUGACUGCAUUAAUUUAAUAUGUUUCUACCUGAAUGCCUGUUAUUAUUUCCAUGAAAGAGUAAUAAAAUCUGAUAUAUUUGCACAGUA